AUGGGUUUACUUGACCAGCUCUGGGACGACACCGUUGCCGGCCCCAGGCCGGACAGCGGCCUAGGGAAACUCAGAAAACACGCCACCUUUAGCUUCCGGCCUAACUCCGGCAAGGAUUUGGAAGCUGCGAAUCCAAGAUCUUUUGGAAAUGAAGCGGGUGAGGAUGCAGUGAGGGUUACAAGAAGCAUUAUGAUAGUUAAGCCUCAAGGUGUUCAGAAAGACUCGCCGCCGGUUUCGCCGGCAGGCUCCACACCUCCGAUUUCACCGGCUGGCUCUACACCUCCGGUAUCUCCUUUCGCCGGUUCAGGCGAGAGAGAGGCAUUUCGGUUUCGUAGGAGGUCUGCAUCCUUCGCUUACGAGAAGGCGGGUGCAGUUGGACCCAGGAGCCCACGUCCUCCUUACGACGUGUGA